GCUCUGCCUUGAUCCGAGAUAUCUGGGGGCCAGUUUCACCGCGAUACCAGAAGAUUCUGGCCAUCUUGAACGCCGUGAAAACGAAUAGGGAAGCUGGGAUAUCGGGAAUUGUUGUUUUGGUAUCUUCCGGGAUUGCUUUGAGGAAGAAGUUCCGGUGUUGAGGUUGUGGUAGACGUUUUGAGUGUUGUGACAGUGACAGAUCUUACAUCUGGGCUUAGGGUGUGGAGGUUAACUGUCAGAUUGGAUCGUAGAUCCUGAACACGAUGCCAGAUACCAGGUAGUACCGCAGUAACAGGCCAAUGCGUACCGCCAGUACCGUGGCGACCGCAAGGCAGGCUGGACCGCGAGCCAUGUGACCUACCGCGAGAACCCGCGGAUGAUGUCCCCAGGUAUGGGAACGAUAUCGAGGUACCACCUCGUUGGAGUGCUCUUUCUCCUGGUGCUAGUGAGUGUGGACUGUGGCAAAAGACAUAAAAGUGGACAGAAGACGGAUCAUGUUAAUGUUAACGCGGCCAAGAGCCUGCAAAGACAUUUGCAGGAUAGGGACAGAUCGGUUACAAUCAGGGAUUACGCUAGGGAGAGGAAUCAGGAGAGGAACCUCAACAAGGGAAAAAUUUGCAUCGGCACCAAUGCCCGAAUGUCGGUUCCCUCCAAUAGAGAACACCAUUAUGCCAACCUCAAGGACAGAUUCACGAACUGUACAUACGUUGAUGGUAACCUUGAGCUGACAUGGCUGAAAGACGACAGUUUAGACCUCAGUUUCCUUCAGUACAUCAGGGAAGUAACGGGAUACGUUCUGAUCUCACACGUGGAAAUCAAGAGGAUAGUUCUACCGAAGCUCCAAAUCAUCAGAGGAAGAACUCUCUUCAGGAUGAACAACGGAGGUGAAGAAUUCUCCUUGAUAGUAUCCUUAUCCAAGAUGUACACCCUUGAACUGCCUGCUUUGAGAGAUGUCUUAAGCGGAAAUAUUGGACUGUUCAACAAUUAUAACCUAUGUCAUGUGAAAACGAUAAACUGGGAAGAAAUUAUGUCUGACCCAAACUCCAAGUAUAGUUACGUAUACAACUUCACCUCCCCUGAAAGAAUAUGCCCCUCUUGUGAUAAAAAAUGUGAGGCUGGUUGUUGGGGCGAAGGAGAAGAAAAUUGCCAGAAAUUCUCGAAAGUGAACUGUAGUCCUCAGUGUUUUGGGGGCAGGUGCUUUGGAUCUCAACCUAGAGAGUGCUGCCAUCUGUUUUGCGCCGGAGGUUGCGUAGGGCCAAAACAAGGCGACUGUAUUGCUUGUAAGAAUUUCUACAACGACGGUGAAUGUACUCAAGAAUGCCCUCCGAUGCAGAUAUACAACACUGUUAAUUAUUCUUGGGUCCCAAACCCCAAAGGAAAGUACGCUUAUGGUGCUACUUGCGUCGAGAAAUGUCCUGAACAUCUCCUCAAGGAUAAUGGCGCUUGUGUACGUACAUGUCCUCCCCAAAAGAGAGCGAAGAACGGAGAAUGCAUACCAUGUGAAGGACCUUGCCCAAAAACAUGUCCAGGAAGUGAUGGACCUGUCCAUUCUGGUAAUAUAGAGAAUUACAGAGGAUGCACAGUUAUAGAAGGUCAUCUCCACAUAUUAGAGAACAGCUUCAAUCCGUACCAACAAAUCUUUCCAAACUACACAUUUGGUGAAAGAUACCCAGCGAUGCAUCCUAACAAACUAGAGGUGUUCAGCACCCUCAAAGAAGUGACAGGAUUUAUAGACAUACAAGCCAAUCAUCCAGAUUUCAAAAACCUUUCCUACUUCCGUAAUCUAGAAAUAAUCGGAGGUAGGGAACUUCACGAGUACUUUUCAUCGUUGUAUAUCGUGAAGACAUCCUUGCAGUCCUUGGAACUCAAAUCCCUGAAAAAGAUCAACGCUGGUACUGUUGUCAUUCUGGAGAAUAAAGAUCUUUGUUUGGCUUCAAGUAUAAACUGGUCAAAAAUAAAGAAGAGUAAGGAACAUAGUUUGAUGAUCAGCAAUAAUACAGAUCCCAGUGUUUGUAAGCGGAAGAAGUUGGUUUGUGAUGAUCAAUGUAGUGUAGAUGGAUGCUGGGGAGCUGGACCUGAUCAGUGCUUGUCUUGCGCGCAUUUCAGGCUUGGAGAUACUUGUUUGCAGAACUGCAGCGCUCUAUCUGGUACAUACCAAGCUACACACAAUGAAUGCAAACCUUGCCACGAAGAAUGCGGAGGCUCUUGUACAGGACCAACGGCAGACCGUUGCACCAACUGCAAACACUUUAAAGACGGUCCUUUCUGCGUCUCCAAAUGUCCCAUCAACAAAUACGAAGAUAACGGAAUCUGCAAAUCAUGCCAUGAAAACUGCGUUGACGGUUGUACAGGUUUGAAGAACAUCGUAGGACCUGAAGGUUGCAACUCCUGCGAGAAGGCCAUCAUGAGGGAGAACUCCAUGGAUAUAUGCCUGAGGAAGGAUGAACCUUGUCCUGAUGGUUAUUACGAUGAUUGGGUGGUGCCACAUGAGCAGGCGUCACUUUUGAAGCCUCUGGCAGGGAAGGCUAUCUGCAGGAAAUGUCAUCCAAGGUGUGAAACAUGCACAGGCUAUGGUUUCCACGUAUUCAUGUGCACCAGGUGCGCAAGGUACAGAGAUGGAGAGCAAUGUGUGGAUGAUUGUCCCUCCGACAACUAUCCAGAUGAUACUUCCAGGGAAUGCAAGCAAUGUCAUCCAGAAUGCAGGGGAUGUACAGGACCUGGCCCAGAACACUGCCUAGUCUGUCAAAACUUCAAAAUUUACGAUGACAACGACGUGGGUCCAAACAAUAGUUUCACCUGUGUGGCUACCUGUCCUCCAGAAUUUCCCCACAGGACUUAUCCAGUGAAUUCCAGCGCCUACUGUGGUGACAAAUCGACAGCUUCCAUGUUCAUUACUUCUUUGGAUAGUGGAAAGAGCUUGCUUAUUGUGGCUUGUGCUGUGUUUGGAUUCUUUAUGAUAGUGGUUGUCAUCUUGAUUUUCUUGUACUGCUACUGCAGGAAGAUGAAGGAGAAGGAGAACGCUUUGAAAAUGACUCUGACAUUGACCGCUAUUGAAGACGAACCUUUGAGACCUACCAACGUGUUGCCAAAUGUUGCCCAGUUGAGGAUUAUUAAGGAGACAGAGAUAAGGAAAGGAAGCUUUCUUGGAUUUGGAGCUUUUGGUACCGUGUACAAGGGUGUUUGGAUACCAGAAGGAGAACACAAUAAGAUCCCAGUCGCCAUCAAAGUAUUACGAGCAGAGACAGGUGCAAAUACCAGCAAAGAAUUCUUGGAAGAAGCGUACAUUAUGGCCACAGUCGAUCAUCCUAACCUACUACAACUGCUGGCCGUUUGUAUGACAUCUGACAUGAUGCUAGUAACCCAACUAAUGCCACUUGGAUGCCUAUUGGAUUUCGUUAGGAACAACAGGGAGAAAAUAGGAUCCAAGUAUCUGCUGAACUGGUGUACACAGAUUGCAAGAGGUAUGGCAUAUCUCGAAGAAAAACGACUUGUCCACAGGGACUUGGCAGCACGAAACGUCUUAGUACAAACUCCAGGGUGUGUCAAGAUCACCGAUUUUGGUCUCGCCAAGCUCCUGGACAUCAACGAAGAAGAGUACAAAGCAGCCGGUGGAAAAAUGCCAAUAAAAUGGCUAGCCCUCGAAUGCAUCCAACAUAGGAUAUUCACGCACAAAUCCGACGUUUGGGCGUUUGGAGUGACAGUUUGGGAACUUCUUACCUUCGGCAAGCGACCUUACGACAAUAUACCUGCUAGAGAUGUACCUGAAAUUUUGGAGAAGGGGGAGAGACUGCCCCAGCCUUCAGUUGCCAGCAUCGACAUCUAUAUGGUGAUGAUAAAAUGUUGGAUGUUAGAUGCUGAGAGUCGACCUAGCUUUAAAGAGUUAGUGGACGAGUUUUCGAAGAUGGCCAGAGAUCCUGGCAGGUAUCUUGCUAUUCCUGGUGAUAAGUUUAUGAGACUGCAGAACUCCCAGAUAAUUCACGACCCAAGAUCUUUCGGUACUCCAAGUAUUGAAACUAGUGAAACUCAGUCUGAAGGAGUUUUAGGAGAAGAGUAUCUCCAACCAAAAUCGAGGGCUCCUCUACGUGGACUGUCUUCUUUAACCCCUAUACCCUCUAAUAGUGAUAAGUUGUGGCCAUCACUUUCACAAUUUUCGGAAGGAAGUGUGGCUUCCCAGUACCAAAACAACUUCAACCACAAACUCUUGAGAUAUUCCCAGCAGGAGCCAACGUCUUUGGGAACUAUGAAAUCCGACAUUUCGAAAUUCAGUGGUGAAUCGGUGAAGAUGCGAGAUGACACAGGAUCUGAUGAAUACGACUCUGGCAGCAGAGCUCAGGCCCAGGUAGGCAAUCUCAAACUUGAUCUUCCUGUAGAUGAGGAUGACUACUUAAUGCCUUCACCACAGAAUUCAGUAGCUGCUUCUGCCUACGUUGACAUCAUAGACUCGAAGUCGGAUGCAGGAAGCAACACCUAUGUGACCUACCCUGAGUUCUACAAGACCAACAUCGACAAUCCAGAGUAUCUCCUCAACAACGAACCUCCUACCCAGACCAUCGGUCUACCACCAGUGCCAGAGUUUGUGCAGGCUACGACGUCAUCGAAUAACUCUGAGAGCUCCAUGAUACCACCCACGCAGACACCUAGAAGUUCUGAGGAGGAAUCUGACCACGAGUACUACAACGACUUCGACAGGAUGCAGAGAGAACUGCAACCUCUCAAAUGUGGCAACGACACCACUGUAGUUGGAUGGAGUGUGUAGUUUAGAUCACUUCCUAGGGAUUAGAACUGAGUCGUAGGGUUUGCAUUGAAAUUUCUAGGUACUCGGAAGAAAAAAAGAGUACCAAUCCCAGUGAUGAGGUGGAGAAUGAGAGAAUGAACUCUAGUUCUUGCCACCUAAAUUUUAUUCCAAGGGUCUCUUAACUUAUGCCAAAAUCUUCAUAGUGAAGAAGUGAUACUAAAUCAUAUCUUUUUCUACGAAUUUACAAGUCAGUUUCGGGCUUCACUUUCUGAGUCUUUUACACAUUUCGAUGUAUCUAUAGCAAUAACUAUACGCACAAAUUUUGGGUCAUUUUCCAUAUUGCUUGCGAUCUGAAGGGCCUGUAGUACUUCCUGAGAAGGGCUGUGCCAAAAGAAUGUUUCCGUGUUACUUAAUGUUGAAUAGUUAGGUUGUAGAUGUUAAGUCCUUCAAACCUGUCAAUCGAAUUGUGAAAUGACAAUAACUUAGUGCCAUUUGGGUUAUGGCAGACUGUACAUAAUUUUGAAUGUCUGGAGAAGCGUUUCCUUGUAUAGAAAUGAUGUAGAUAUAGUUUUUUUUACUAAUAUAUCGGGUGAGCUAUUAAAUCUGCCAAUAUUUACGGAAUCCAACUUCGAUCGACCCAAACUCCAAACCAAUAUUACCCUAAUUCUACAGCAAAUUUUUGUAUGAUAUCAGUUUUUGUUUUCUUCAUGAAAUUUUUGAUUUUUUUCAGUUUUCAAUGAUAGUUUUGAAAAUUACGAUCGAAGUAGGAUCCAACUGAUAUAUCCUAGAAUUAUCUUGCCCCUUCUUAUCUGUGAUAUAACUAAUUUAACCUGUAUAAAAUGAUAUUUGAACAAAUAAUUUUGUAAAGCACGAGACAAUUCCUCCAUUUGUAUGUUAAUAGUUUCUCCUACGUUUUUUUUCUCGAAUGAAAUCUCAACUGUAUGUAUUUUUUGUAAUUUUAAAUAUGUCAAAUUUUAUGAUUUGUUAAUUCUCUGUUUUGUUUGCGCUAAGUUCGUGCCAUUUUAUUUUUAUGUAUCAAGUGCCUUAGUGUAAUAAAGAUUUGGAAGAAUUCUUUACAUACUUGUAUAUUUAAUGAAGAAAUUAAUAAAUAUAUAUUGAAUAAUU